ACGUUUUAUUUCAUUUUAUUUCCAGCAUUGCCCUCUUACGUGCUGGUUUUCCCAGUGAUGUUGGUGAAUAACGUCCUCUAGUGGGCAUUAAGGAACAACUAGUUCAAAUGCAAGUUUGGUUACUUCAUACUCAUACACAGCUUCACAUGGUUAGUGUUGUAUCUUUAAAUGGCAAGAGUUAAUGUCCAGUCAUUUCAUUUGGCUAAUCCUUGAUCAUUCCUGUAUUGUACUUAUUGUAUAUAACCUACGCUGUAAUUUUUUGUAAACAAAUUAACGCCGAUUCGGAAACUAGUUCGAAAUAACAGUAUUCAAUAAAAUUUGUUGUUAAUGCUAAAAUAGCCUAUUGCUACCGUUGAAAAACCUCCGAAUUUGUUAAUGAAGCUGAAAUAAUAGUAAUUUUUCCAGAGUUACAGUCCUCAAACUUGAAGAACUCCUCACCGGAAAAUGAAUCACUGGGUCAGAAAGUUAUUUCCUAUUUCAGAAAUGUUGAGAAACACUAAUGAAAUGAAGGGAGAGAGAACGGAGGGAGAACUCAUUAUCUCCAGAACUCGAGCGAGAGGACGGGUUGUUCUUUAUUUGAGGCUGAAGGAUUAUUGAAGCGUUCUCAUUAUUUAAUGCCACGACAAGACUUCAGAAAGCUCUGUAUGGAUUAGGGACCGAAUCUGUUCUCUCAGAAUGGGAUUUACAUUUAUUCUGAUCCUCUUUGGAUUGUGCAUUAACACUGAAGUUGUGAAAUGCACCUCUGUGUGUUCAGUUAAUGGCUAUGCAGCCUUCUGCAUAUCUAGAGGUCUUCAUCAGGUGCCAGAGCUUCCCACGUACAUCAAUUAUGUGGAUCUGAAUUUUAACAGCAUUGCUGAACUCAACGAAACAUCCUUUUCUCGUCUUGAAGGUCUACAAGUCCUUAAACUGGAGCAACAAACAACAGGACUUGUGAUCAGAAACAACACAUUUAGAAGACUCUCCAAUCUAAUAUUACUUAAGUUAGACUACAACCACUUCUUGCAAAUAGAGACAGGGGCAUUUAAUGGAUUAUUCAACCUUGAGAUUCUCACUCUCACUCAGUGCAGUUUAGAUGAUACUAUUUUGUCUGGUGACUUCCUCAAACCUCUGGUGUCUCUUGAGAUGCUUGUCUUGCGUGAAAACAACAUUAAAAAAAUCCAGCCAGCAUUGUUCUUUUUAAAUAUGAGGAGAUUCCAUGUGCUCGAUCUCUCUCGCAACAAAGUGAAGAGCAUCUGUGAAGAAGACCUCCUCAGCUUUCAGGGUAAACAUUUCACGCUUCUGAAGCUGUCCUCAGUGACACUGCAAGACAUGAAUGAGUACUGGUUAGGAUGGGAAAAGUGUGGAAACCCAUUUAAGAACAUGUCCGUAAGUGUAUUGGACUUAUCUGGAAAUGGCUUUAAUGUUAAAAUGGCAAAGCUUUUCUUUGAUGCAAUCACUGGUACCAAAAUCCAAAGUCUCAUUCUCAGUAACAGUUACAGCAUGGGCAGUUCUUUUGGUCAUAACAAUUUCAAAGAUCCAGACAAAUUUACUUUGAAGGGUCUUGGGGAUAGUGGUAUUAAGAUUUUCGAUUUGUCCAAAUCACAAAUUUUUGCUUUGUCAAAUUCAGUAUUUAGUCAUUUUCAAGAUCUAGAACAAAUUACAUUGGCAGAAAAUCAGAUCAACAUUAUUGAAAUUGAUGCAUUUUGGGGUAUGACAAAUUUACUAAAGCUAAACCUGUCCAAAAACUUCCUGGGUAAUAUUGAUUCCAAUACAUUUCAGAAUCUAAAGAAGCUCGAGGUGCUUGAUUUGUCUUAUAACCAUAUAAGGGUGCUUGGCGAUAAAUCGUUUCAGGGACUCCCAAGUUUACUCAACUUAAAUUUAACAGGAAAUGCUCUUGAGUCAGUUCAUGAAUUUGCAACCCUACCUAACCUGAAGAUAAUCUACUUGGGUGAGAACAGAAUUUCAUCUUUGUCUAGUUUACCCAACAUUGCUAAAAAUCUCACAACCCUUGACCUGGAAAUGAACAAAUUACAGGCCUUGUCAGAUCUCUACACAAUCCUACGGGAAUUUCCUCAAAUAGAAAAAAUCUUUCUUCAAGGUAACAGUUUUUCGAGUUGUUAUAAUCAAAGACAAAUAGUGGCUUCAGACCAACUACAACUUCUUCAUCUCGGACGUUCAUCUAUGCAGCUGAUCUGGUCAGAAGGAAAAUGUUUAAAUGUGUUUAACAAUCUUCACCAGUUAGAACAGCUUUCUCUGACUGCCAAUGGGCUACAGUCUCUUCCCAAAGACAUUUUUAAAGACCUUACCUCUUUGUUCUUUUUGGAUUUGUCCUUCAACUCUUUGAAGUACCUUCCAAACGGUAUAUUCCCUGAAAGUCUUCAAAUUCUUAAUCUUGAAUAUAAUUCUAUUUAUUCAGUAGAUCCAAAUCUCUUUAGCACCCUCAGCUACCUCAGCCUGAUAAAAAACGAUUUCCGUUGUGAUUGCAACCUAAGGGAUUUCAAAACAUGGCUAAACCAAACCAAUGUAAUCAUUUCUCACUCCAUUGAGGAUGUGAUAUGUGCCAGUCCUGAGGAUCAGUACAUGGUUCCGGUUGUGAGAUCCAGCAUACAAUGUGAGGAUGAAGAGGACGAGAGAAAUGUUGAAAAACUGAGGCUUGUGCUUUUUAUUUUCUGUACCGCACUUAUCACGUUACUCACUGCUAGCGCCAUCAUUUAUGUCCGUCGACGUGGCUACAUCUUCAAGCUUUACAAAAAACUCAUUGGCACACUUGUGGAUGGAAAGCGAGAGGAGCCUGAUCCUGACCAAUUCUUAUAUGACGUGUAUCUCUGCUUUAGUUCCAAUGAUAUUAAGUGGGUAGAAAGAGCACUGCUGAACAGGCUAGACUCUCAGUUCUCAGAGCAGAACACACUCCGCUGCUGCUUUGAGGAGCGAGACUUCAUACCCGGGGAGGACCAUCUUACCAACAUGCGAAAUGCUAUCCAGAAUAGUCAUAAAACCCUUUGUGUGGUGUCUGAACAUUUCCUGAAGGAUGGCUGGUUACUAGAGGCCUUCAUUCUGGCACAAAGAAGGAUGCAAGUGGAGCUUGAGGACAUUCUGGUGGUGCUGGUUGUAGGGAACAUACCGCAGUACAGGCUACUGAAGUUCAAACAAGUGAGAUCCUACAUUGAGAACAGAAGAUACCUUCUGUGGCCUGAUGACAGCCAGGACUUGGAUUGGUUUUAUGACCAACUUCUGCAUAAAAUAAGAAAAGAUACCAAGGUUAAACAAACAAAUCAACCAACCAAACAAACAAAGCCUGAAGCAUUGAAUGUCCAUGCAAACACAUCAGUAUAAUUAUGAUAUAUCUGUUUAUUAUAUAUUUUGUAAAAGUUUACCUAAUUACCUUAGAUUUUCAGAUUGUUACAAUGCAUAAUGCAGAUCUUGGUUAGGUAUAAUUAUGCAUUAUCUCAUGUUUCCUAUGUUUGUAAAAAUGUUUGUCUGUAAACCUGCUGAUAAUUAUAGUAAAUAUCUGAAAUGCUAAUUCUAGCAGAAUGCGUGUCCCGCUGCCAGUGGAUAAAGACUCUGCUAAAUUUGCAAAAUCUUAACAUCUUCAACCACCUGUGUGAUUUUGACAAUUGCAAAUCUUUAAUAAAAUGUGAAUUACAAAUGAAGAAAUUAAGCAAA